UGCGAUAGCAACAUGGAUGCAAACAACAUGGCAACCGCGGAGAGUUUAGCAGUAUUCGAGGUCAAAAGAGAGCCCAAAGAGGAGGAGGACGAGGAGGAGUUGGUGCCGAAAAGAGGGAACCGUAGCUCCAUGGUUUGGCUUUGGUUUGGCUUUAAAACGUCUGACAUCGAGCAGAAAACGGUCAUUUGCAAAACAUGCCGCCAUCAAAUCAUUACCAGCGACUCGAACACGUCCAAUCUUUUCUACCACUUAAAGACACGGCACGAAGAACUGUACAUUGAAAGCGUAAGGUUGCGACAAAGCACAAAUGGUACAUCACAACCACAAAGUAACGGAACGAAAAAACACCAAAAGAGCCGACAAGUAUUGUUGACCAAAAGUAUCCCAUAUGACGAGCAGUCUCGCAGACACCGCGAAAUCACAGAUGCCAUCUCUGAAUUUAUCAUAUCGGAAGACUCGGCCUCGUUAUACACUAUCGAAAAGAAGGGCUUCCGGGAAUUGGUCAAAACGCUUGACCCCAGAUACAACAUGCCGGAUCGAAAACACUUCAGUGACGUCCAGCUGCCGCGCAUGUAUGAAGAAUGCCGUGCGAAGGUGACCGAGGAGCUUAAAUAUGUGGAAUAUUAUGCACUGACAACCGAUCUGUGGACUUGCACAGUCACACAGCCGUAUAUGAGCCUCACUGUUCAUUUUAUCAACAAUGACUGGAUCCUAAGUAGCCGAUGCCUACAAACAAUCUACUUCCCUGAAGACUACACGGAGGUGAUGAUAGGCACAAUCCUCAAAGAAGUACUCGAAUCCUGGGAGCUGCGUGAGGAUAUGCUGAUCUGCCUGACCACAGAUGACGCAACUAAUAAUAGUUCACUGCAUUUGACUGAGUGGAACAGGCUACAGUGCUUUGGGCACCAUUUGGAGCUGGCGAUAGCAAGCAGCUUGAAAACACCUUCUCAAACCCAAGCGGCUGUGAAGCGUGCAGUAGGGCUCUGCAAGCAGGUGACGGGCACCAUUUCUAAUUCGUUCAAGAGAAGACGUGACCUGGCCAAGGCGCAAGUGGACCUGGACCUCCCCAUUCACCAGCUCAAGAGUGAAAGCCCCUCUAGAUGGGGCUCACGACAGCAGAUGAUCAGCAGGUUCAUCGAGCAGGAGAAAGCUGUUAAACAGGUCCUCCGUGAAGACAGGAAAAUGAGGCAUCUGAUCCCAACCAGGCAAGACAUGAGAAUUCUGGAGUCCAUCAACAAGGCAUUGAAUCCUCUCAUGGAGUUUACAGAUGCCUUGUCUGGGGAGGAGUAUGUCAGUGCGUCGUUCGUUAUACCUGUCCUGCACCUCUUCAAGCACCAAAUGCUCAAGUCUCAGGAUGAUGACUCCCCGCUCACUAGAACCAUUAAAGAGGGAAUCCUGAACUACCUUAGUGACAAAUAUGCCGACGACGCCACUGAAAAGCUGCUCGACAUGGCCAUGCUCCUUGAUCCACGAUUUAAAAUAGCCUACAUAAAGGAAGAGAGAAUCGACCUCAUGAAGACAAGAGCUGCAGCAGAAAUGGAGCUCCUGGUGGCUGGAGGUGAAGCAGCAGCACCAGCGGUCUCUGUUCCAGCAUCUUCUGCAGAUGAAUCGGAGCUCCCAGCAGCCAAGAAAGUAAAGAAGAGUUUGUCCAGCUACUUCAAGAACGCAGCAGCACAUAACGGCCAAGACACGUCAAAGCCGAGCCGAGCAUCUGUUGAACUGGAGCUCAACAUGUACCUGCAGACAGCAAACCUGGAUCCUGAGAAAGACGCUCUCAUAUGGUGGAGGCAGCACGAGGUCAACUUCCCAUUGGUGGCAAAGCUGGCCAAAAAAUACCUGUGCAUCCCCGCGACUAGUUUUCCAUCUGAGCGGAUCUUCGGUGCGAGUGGCAACAUGGUGACAUCGAAGAGGUCAUGUCUCAAGCCUGAAAGAGUUGACCAGCUUGUCUUUCUAUCUGUCAACCUGUGAAACACAUGAAACAAGACGUUUAAAAAAAUUAUAAUAAUAAAGUUAUUUCAAGGGGUUAAUGUUCAUGUGCGAACAAGGUGAAAAAAACUUUUUCACUUUAUUGCACUCCUUGAAAACGUUUGUUUGUACUAUCAGAUAUUUUGAAUGGUAUUUGUCCCAAGGAUAUUUGUUUUAUUUCAUUUUCAUCUUUUAUUCAUUUUAGUGUUUUUUUAUUAUUAUUAUUUUAACCUGUCCUGUUCAGCUGCAUGCCCAUGCAGAAUGGUGGAUCUGUAUGCCUUUUGUGCUGGAACAGUUUUGCUGUGCAACAGGGGUGUUUGAAAUACUCCCUCUGCUUAUUUUUAAUUAUUCUGAUGUUUAUUGAAAAUGCAGCAAGGCAGUGCUACUGACGAGUGGUGCGGUGGGAUGCUUUGAUAGUGUCUAAACACCUGUUAAAAACCUGUGAGUUGAUAUCUUAAUAUAACCUGUGUUAUUGUUAGUUGUCCCAGCAUAAGCAAUUCAAGCCUAUUGCGUGUCUAUGAAACUUAUUAGUGAAUGAACACCAUAUCACAUGCAUGUUAGUCAACUGGUGUACAGAGUUGCUGAGCCUGCACAUUAAGGAAAGGGACCCUGACCAGUCCCAAAAGGAGGGGCAAGGGUACCGGAUCACCCCACACACACACACACACAAUAUCACAACCACUAAUAGGGCCCAAUGCAGGAGUCAGUUGCCACUCGAAAAAAAGGUCAGUCUGCCAAAAGCGAGCCCAUGUUAAGCACCUGGCAUGAGCAAUGAUGGGCGAGGGCACCAGGAGAGGGGAGAGAAGGGCUAUUUUAGUGUUUUCUAUAUAAAAUGUGUUUAUAAAUAAAUGGAGAAAAGAUCACAAAAAAUGUCCAUUAAUUUCAUGUCAUUUUAAGGAGAAAUACUAAGGCUGGGUAUCAUUAACCUCUCAAUUAAAUUUUGAUUCUUUAGGUUGCGAUUUGCUAUUGAUAUAAAUGCUUUGAUGUUGAUUCAGUAAGAAGUAGAACUACACCAAUAGAGUACCUGUUGACUAUUUAUGACCAUGUGAAAAUAUGUGGUAUGUCACCUUAUUUUUUUAACAAUAAAACAUCUGGAAAAUAAAAA